GUGUUUCCAGUCGGACCAGUUUCCUGUUGCUCCUCCAUGUGUUUCGGUGUCCCGGUGAGUCUCCGGUGAUUCUCAAGUGAUUCUCCGGUGUGUCUCGUGGACAGGUAACAUGUCGGGCGGCAGCUCUUUGUUCUGUGGUUUUCGGGUUCUGGGACUUUAUUCGAACCACGUGCCGCACGCGCUCCGUUACCACAAGAAGCACCGGGAGUUCUACGUCACCACGGCGGUCGGUAAAUGUGUCCACACGUACAACGUGAAGCGUUUGGGGAUCGUGUCUGUCAGUAACAGCCUGUCUGAUGACAUCAGCUGUGUGGCGGCGGACAGGAUGUUGGUGUUCGCCGCCGCCGGGCGACUCAUCAGUGCCUUCGCCCGCAACAAGGAGGUAGUGAUGCGUUACCAUGGACACGGACAGGAUGUGCGGCUGCUGCUUCCUCUGGGCGAUCAGCUGAUCUCGGCCGACGGGGGCGGUGAUGUCAUCGUGUGGGACGUGCAGGAAGGAGACGUGUACCUGCGGCUGAAGUUUGACCCUGCCUCCUUUGACGUGUCGGCCAUGAUGCACCCAAGCACCUACCUGAACAAGGUGCUGCUGGGCAGCUCCCAGGGUGCACUGCAGCUGUGGAACAUCAAGACUAGUAAGUUGUUGUUUACGUUUCCCGGCUGGUCAGCAGGAGUCACAGUUCUACAGCAGAGUCCCGCAGUGGACGUGGUCGGCGUUGGCACGGCGUCGGGACGCAUCAUCAUCCACAACAUCCGAUUGGACGAGACGCUGAUGAGCUUCACGCAGGACUGGGGACCAAUCAGCUCGCUCGCUUUCAGGACCGACGGUCCUCCCAUCGUGGCGUCCGGCAGUCCUCAGGGCCACAUUGCAUUCUGGGAUCUGGAGCGCCGUCAGCUAGUCACUCAGCAGAGACACGCCCACAGCACGGCCAUCGCUGCGGCAACCUUCCUGCAUGGAGAGCCGCUGAUGAUCACCAACGGAGCCGACAACGCCAUCAAGGUAUGGAUAUUUGACCAGGAGGGGGGCGGAGCCAGAUUGCUUCGGAGUCGUCAGGGUCACAGUGGCCCGCCCACCACCAUCCAUCACCAUGGAAACGAUGGGAAAAACAUCCUCAGUGCUGGUCAGGACGGGACGCUGCAGUCUUUCUCCACUGUCCACGAACGCUUCAACAGGAACCUGGGUCACGGCUCCAUCAACAAGAAGAAAGAACAGAAGAAGAAGAAGGGGCUUUCCUAUGAAGAGCUGCGCCUUCCUGCCAUCGCGGCAUUCUCCUCUGCUGCCGCCCGUCAGUCAGACUGGGACAGCCUCGUAGCGUGUCAUCGUGGUCGCCUAGCAGCCACCACCUGGAACGUGCCACGGUGCACCAUGGGAACUCACCACCUGCAGCCGCCGGGCGCUCGCAGGAACAGCAUCGCUACGGCCGUCGACAUCACUUCCUGUGGAAACUUUGCUGUGAUUGGCUCAUCGUGCGGCCGCGUCGACGUGUAUAACCUGCAGUCCGGCCAGCACCGCGGUUCCUACGGCGACCAGGACAAAGCCCACAGUGGGGCAGUGCGAGGCGUCGCCACGGAUUCCCUGAACCAGCUGACACUCACCACAGCCUCUGAUUGGCUGCUCAAGUUCUGGCGCUUCAAGAGCAGGAAACAGGAAGUGCAGCUGAAACUACAUGCUGCUCCGGCUAGCAUGAUGCUACAUAGAGACAGCGGGAUGUUAGCAUUAGCGCUGGAUGACUUCACGCUGCUGGUGGUCGACAUAGAAACCAGACGGGUCGUCAGGAAGUUUGCGGGUCACCACGGCAACAUCAACGGCAUGACAUUCAGCCCUGAUGGCCGUUGGCUGGUCACCGUGGCGAUGGAUUGUACCAUUCGUACCUGGGACCUCCCCUCCGGCUGUCUCGUCGACUGUUUCCUGGUUGCCAUGGCACCGGUGGGUGUGUCCUUGUCGCCAACCGGAGACUUCCUCGCGACGGCUCAUGUGGACAGCCUGGGCGUGUACCUCUGGACCAAUAAGAGUCUGUGUGGACCCGUGGGUCUCCGCCCCCUCCCAGCAGACCACCAACCAGCCGAGGAGACGCUGCCCGGCGUCACGGCAGACGAGCUGGGACAGGGAGAGACUUCAGAGGAGGCUGAUGAUGUGUACGAGUCAGCUGAGCAGUUGGGGGCGGAGCUUGUGACCCUGUCGCUGCUGCCAGAGUCUCGGUGGAAAAGUCUGCUGCACCUGGACGCCAUCAAGAGGAGGAAUAAACCUGUCGCGCCCCCUGCUGCUCCGGCUGCUGCUCCGUUCUUCCUGCCAACACUUCCUGGUCUCACGCCUCGUUUCACGUCACCUGAACAACAGGAUCCUCAGGAAGCUCAGUCCAAGCUGCUGGGCUGGGGUCAGCUGGCUCAGAGAUCAGAGUUCAGCUGUGAGCUGGAUGCUGCUCUUCACUCCGGAUCCUUCUCUGUCCCGCUGCGUCUUCUGAAGGGUUGUGGGCCAGCGGCGCUCUCCGUGGAGCUCACCUGUUUGUCAUCAGAGGGAGGCGGAGCCAGCAGCCUCCUGCUCGCCUUCAUCCACAUGAUUGACAGCAUGUUGAGCAGUGGGCGGGACUUUGACCUGGCUCACGCUUACCUGGCGCUUUUCCUGAAGCUCCACCUGCGCUCGCUGUCACAGGACGCUGUUGCCAUGGCGGCGCUUCUCCGCCUCUCCUCCCGGCUGGAAGCGGGAUGGGCAGAGCUACAGGCAUCAUUCGACCAAUCACUGUGUCUACUGUCAUACGCCAAGAGUGCACUGCUGUGACACACACACACACACACACACACAGUUUUGUUG